CAUGGCGCCGCCCAGCAGUACAGUCGUAUCCAUCUGUCUCGUACUGAAUAUUUGCUGUUCUAUCGUGAUCGUCUUGUUAAACAAAUGGAUCUACACUCAUUACGGAUUUCCAAACAUCACCUUGACAUGCAUUCACUUCAUUGUCACCACAUUUGGACUGUUCCUCUGCAAACUAGGGAAUCUAUUUCAACCCAAAAGUCUUCCGUUUCUGCAGAUGUUGCCUCUUGCUUUGACAUUUUGUGGAUUUGUCGUCUUCACUAAUUUAUCGCUUGAAACGAACACAGUUGGAACGUAUCAGCUGAUCAAGACAAUGACAACACCAUGCAUAAUUGUCAUUCAAACGUAUGCUUAUUCACGAAGCUUUUCUUGGAAGGUGAAAUCUACCUUGAUUCCCAUCACGAUAGGUGUCUUUCUCAACUCCUUCUACGAUGUCAAGUUUAAUAUCGUUGGUAUUGGAUUUGCUACAGCUGGUGUAUUGGUCACAUCCCUGUAUCAAGUGUGGGUUGGUGAGAAACAGCAUGAAUUCCAAGUAAACUCCAUGCAGCUCCUGUAUUACCAAGCUCCUCUCUCAGCAGUCCUCCUCAUGUUCGUUAUUCCGUUCUUUGAGCCAGUCCUACAGUUCCAUGGGGUUCUUCACAACUGGCCCAUGGAGGCGCUUUUGAUGGUGUUCCUGUCGGGAGUGGUAGCCUUCUCUGUUAAUCUUUCCAUCUUUUGGAUCAUUGGCAACACAUCACCUGUCACAUAUAACAUGGUGGGGCACCUCAAGUUUUGUCUCACUCUCCUGGGAGGCUACUUGCUGUUCCACGACCACCUGCAGCUGUUGCAGGUCUCCGGCAUUCUCACCACCCUCGGAGGAGUCCUUGCCUACACACAUUUUAAACUGCAAGAGAUGAAAGCCAAGAGUUUGCCUGUAACAGACAAGCACUAGGAGUCUUCAGUGGGGUUACAUGAGGGUUUAACGUGUCAUUGUGAGGUACUUGUCAUUACCACAAGCAGGUCACCGAAGAUGUUUCUUUCAUGGGAUUCAAAAUCAGUCGAUCAUGUUUCAGUUUCAUCUAGGGUGCAGUAGUACUGAUACAUGUGAUGCGGGGUAGUCAUGGCAACAUCAUCAAUGUGAAUCAGUAUAUUUCACCAUAGAGGAACAUUGUUUUAUGUUUAAACAAUGUAUUGUUUGUUAUUGGUUAUGAUCUUAUGAUUCUAUAUUUUUGUAUGUUGUUAGUUAAAGGACUAACUAUAAACAUUCUUGAAGCAGUUUUCUUUCUAGUUCUUGGAAAGUGGAAACCUUUGAUUCCACAAAUGACCAAACAUGUGGCAUCAUUUUUAGAAAGGGGAUGAAUUCAGAAAAAGAUGUAAUUAGAACCAAUGAAUUUUUUAAAUUUCUUUUUAACACAACAUGCUUUAGAGAGCUUUUACCUAUGAGCAGCGUUCGAAAUAGAUGCCAGCCAGACCGUCCGAGACGGGUUGAUUUCAACUCGGGCUGCCAGAUUUUCAAAUCCCCCUGCCCGACGGUUGGGUUAUAUUUCAUAGGUGAAAAUAUUCUAAAUAUUUCCCGAUGAUAAGCAUUAAUU